AUGGAUGACUGGAGCACCGAGACCAAGAUUGGCAGCAGGACUCGCGGCGGCGGUGCGCCCCGCGAGAAGGUCGUCAAGGGAUCCGCCGCUAUGAACGCUGCGUUCCGCCAGGGCGGUGUCUCUACCGAGAAGAAGUACGCCUCAGCAAACACCUCCGGCCCCGCCGUCGAAGGCCAGCGCCUGACAAAGGUCGACCGCUCCGACGACAUUAUCAAGCCCAACACAAUCGGCAAGGAAGUCGGCGACAUCAUCUCCCAGACCCGCCAGAAGAUGGAGCCCAAGAUGACCCAGAAGGACCUCGCCACCAAGUGCAACACGACACAAACCAUUGUCGCCGAGUUUGAGCGCGGCACUGCCGCGCCUGACCAGAAGAUCCUCGGCUCCAUGGAGAGGGUCCUCAACGUUAAGCUCAGGGGCAGCGGCCUUGGCGAGCCCAAGUUUGGCAAGAAGAAAUAA